AUGACCGGAUUGGUACACUACCAGCCGGGCGGUGUGGCCCCCGAGGCGCCCUCAGCGAUUGGCAUCACCGACAAGUGGGAGGUCUACACCACCAAGGGCGGCCCUUACAAGUACCCGGUGCCGCGCGCCCUGACUGAGUCCGAGAUCUCCGACAUUGUGAAGGCCUAUGCCCAGGGCGCCAAGAACGCCAUCGCCGCUGGCUUCGACGGGGUUGAGAUCCAUGCGGCCAACGGCUACCUGCUGGCCCAGUUCAUCUCGAGCAUCACCAACCAGCGCACUGAUAAGUACGGCGGAACACUCGAGAACAGGGCCAGGCUGCUGUUUGAGGUGGUGGACGCGGUGACCGAGGCGGUGGGCGCGGAGCGCGUUGGCAUCCGGCUCAGCCCCUUCAACGAGUUUCUGGAUUGCGUUGAGCCCGAGCCCUACGACACCUAUGGGUGA